AUGCUAAAAAGGAAACAGAGCUCAAGGGUGGAAGCCCAGCCAGUUACAGAUUUUGGUCCCGAUGAAUCUUUGUCAGACAAUGCGGAUAUUCUGUGGAUUAACAAACCAUGGGUACACUCUUUACUACGAAUCUGUGCCAUCAUCAGUGUUAUUUCUGUUUGUAUGAACACUCCAAAGACCUUUGAGCAUUAUCCUCCUCUCCAAUAUGUGACAUUUGCUCUUGAUACUCUGCUGAUGUUCCUUUACACUGCAGAGAUGAUAGCAAAAAUGCAUAUCCGUGGGAUAGUUAAGGGUGAUAGCUCCUAUGUUAAGGAUCGCUGGUGUGUAUUUGAUGGAUUCAUGGUCUUUUGUCUUUGGGUGUCAUUGGUUUUACAGGUGUUUGAAAUUGCUGAAAUAGUUGACCAGAUGUCACCUUGGGGCAUGUUACGGAUUCCACGACCACUCAUUAUGAUUCGAGCAUUCCGGAUAUAUUUUCGUUUUGAGCUGCCGAGAACUAGGAUAACAAAUAUCUUGAAGCGUUCCGGAGAGCAAAUCUGGAGUGUUUCAAUUUUCCUUCUGUUCUUUCUCCUCCUAUAUGGGAUCCUGGGAGUGCAGAUGUUUGGAACUUUUACGUACCAUUGCGUGACAGACGACACACAGCCAGGAAAUGUAACCUGGAAUAAUUUAGCUAUCCCAGACACCCACUGUUCAAGAGAGCUAGAAGAAGGUUACCAGUGCCCACCUGGAUUUAAAUGCAUGGACCUUGAAGAUCUGGGACUAAGCAGGCAAGAGCUGGGCUACAGUGGCUUUAAUGAGAUAGGUACAAGCAUAUUUACUGUUUACGAAGCUGCUUCUCAGGAAGGCUGGGUGUUCCUUAUGUAUCGAGCAAUCGACAGCUUUCCCCGGUGGCGUUCAUAUUUCUAUUUCAUCACCUUAAUUUUCUUUCUGGCCUGGCUUGUUAAGAAUGUUUUCAUCGCAGUCAUCAUUGAAACGUUUGCGGAAAUUAGAGUGCAGUUCCAGCAGAUGUGGGGGUCCAGGAGCAGUACUACUUCAACUGCCACCACCCAGAUGUUCCAUGAAGAUGCUGCUGGAGGUUGGCAGCUUGUGGCUGUUGAUGUGAAUAAACCCCAGGGCAGAGCUCCUGCGUGUCUACAG